UCUAUCUUUAUUCCUUGGUAAAUGUUGAAUAAACAUAGAACGAUGCUUCGAAACAUUUGUAUUGAGACUUUGACCGCACCCACGGUUUGUGACGAAAAUUCAGAUAUGGAGAAAACUAAUACGGACAAUCUGAUCUCGAAAUUGAUCACCGGCACGUACGAGGAUUUUCACAAAAAUAUUGUUGAAUUCUUGAAAAUUUAUGAAAAGAAGACUAAUAUUGAAGAGUUGAAUAAUAACUGUUUGCGAGAGAAGUUAUGGAAGAAACUGUUUUAUUACUUAACAGAUCACACUCAUGUAGAUUGUCAUCAACAUUGUUUAGCUGCUUUAAGGAUACUCAGUCGUGACAAAACAAAUUUAAAUGAGUUAGUCACUGACGAUGCAAUAAACAUAAUAUUGCAAAAUGCAGGCCUGACAAAGAUAUGUGAAGGAGAUCAAAUCUCAUAUACAAUUGUUACAACAGAAUCACUAAAGUUACUGUGCAAUUUGUUGUUCAACAGUGUAAAAAUACAACAAUCGAAAAUAUUAAUAUCUUGUUUACCUCAUCUUAUCGAUCGAAUCAAAAAUUACACGAGUGAUGUUCCUAAAGAUGUCGAGUUAUUUGAUAUGAGAAUAUUAUUUUUACUGACUGCGUUGAAUGCUUCCGCGAGAGAUGUAAUCAAAAACGAUUUGUGCGGUGAUAUAUAUCUCAUUAAAAUAUUAGAGGAAUUUACUACACAGAAUGAAGAUAACAAAACAAUUACAACCAAGACUGAGGAAAUAUCUGUACUUUGUGAAGUGCUAAAAGUUUUGUUUAAUUUGUACAUGCACUCUGAUAAUAUUGGAGAUGAGGAGCAAGAAAGAUACAAGAACUUGGUCUUGAUUUUGUAUAAACUAUUAACCUUUAAAUACUCAACGUCUCAAGACGAUCUUGAAAGCAAUGUCAUUAACUUGCUGACUAUAAUACCGUACAGCUGUUACACAUCGAUUGUGCAACCUGUCGAUUGUAGCGAGAAUGGCGAGAAUGGCGAGAAUGUGUAUCAAAAUAUGGAUAUGAGCGCGAUAUGCGUUUUACUUAGGUUCCUAAAUCAAAGAUUAGACUGUAAGACACGUCUGAUAGAGAACAUCUCUCCGGUAGUUACAGCUCUGGUCAGACUCGUUAAAUCGGAGAGAAUUAUUCGCAAAUAUGUAAGGUUGCAGAUUCUACCGCCGUUAAAGGAUGUGAUGACUCGUCCCGAAGUAGGAACGACGUUGAGAUCUAAACUGUGCAAAUUGUUAACAUCGCCUCUCACGGAAUUACGUGACCUAGUUGCAGAACUUCUGUUCGUCCUUUGUAAAGAGAAUGUUAGCCGUAUGGUUAAAUAUACGGGAUACGGAAAUGCGGCCGGGAUGUUUGCCAACAAGGGAUUGUUGGGACGAAGUCAAACGGAAACAACUUAUUCCUCCGAAUCGGAGGACAGCGACACUGAGGAAUAUCUAAAAUACAAGGAACAAAUAAACCCAGUAACCGGAUGUUUCGAGCAUCCCAAACUGAAUCCGCUUGAAGGCAUGACGGAAGAACAAAAAGAAUACGAAGCCUUACAAUUAGUAAAUCUUGUUGACAAAAUGACGAGGGAAGGAGUUGUACGCCCCUGCCGUAUUGGCGAGGACGGAAAACCGGCCCCUAUAGAGCACGUUCUUGAAUUGCAAAGUGAAUUACCGAAACAACAAUAUGUUCGCAAGGAUUCCGACUCCGAAUAGAUAAAUUUUUAAACAAACAUUUUUAAAUAAACAUUCACAUGUAUAUCUAUAUAUAGAAAAAUCUGUAUAAAUGUAGUAAUGUUUUUUCCGAAUAAAGAUCUAAAUGUGAAACUUUA